CUCGAUAGGGAACUUGGAAGACGGUAAAGCCUGCAUGAGAAUGGUCACGAGAAAUGGUGGAGGGAAAGCGCGCCACCCUCAUCAUCACGUCAUGGGGGAACGGCAGCCCAACGGCAGCUACAGAUAUCAACCAGUGAUGCACUGACGCAAGGCAAUGACAGUAGCAGCAUCUGAUGGGGGCCCUUCCGACCAAACCGGAAGCACCACUAUGCAGUCCGCAGAGAACGAGCUUUGGUACAGUAUUCAGCAGACCGCAGAGGCAUUGCCUGGGGGGCAAAUAUCCGGGGGUGCCGCUGGAGAUUCUGUAGCUGGUUUCUUGGAGCAAACAGCGCAUGCUUCUGUGGUGGGGGAACUGGAAAAUGCGAAGAGGGGUUCUCAAGAGGGGGCUGUUGUGGGGCCAGGCCCAGGUAAAGCUGCAGGCGCCUUUUUGCCGGAGGCUUCGCAGUUAGAAGCCCCCAAGCAGGCACCUCCAGCUGAUGUCAGCAGCCCAGGCGUGAGGCAGAGUGAUCGACUACAGGCCCGGCCAGGGUCUCAUGUGAGAACCGGUUCCAGUGCGGCGACCAGCCCCAGAGCUCGCAAUUCCUUCACGCAUGCCCGUAACCCCCUCGGCUUAGACGCACGUGAGGCUGCAGUGGCCGCGCCAAAGCUGAACGGCCUGGCCGCUGGCCACGCACGGCCGGAGGUUGCGCUGCACCUGCGAAACCUGAGCGUCACGGAUGAGGUUCAAGAGGAGCCUUUGCCUUCUGCAGGGGCCAUCUCGCCUGCCGCGCUGCCCGACGCCGGAGCGGUGUUUGACAGAGACCCCUCGGUGCGCCCCACAACUAGGACGGGGGGUUCUUACAAGACUCCGGAGUCGCCUGUGGGGCUGGUGAGCCCUCGGGCGGGGGUGACGAGCACGGCGGUUCUGGCUCUCCCGGCUCCAGACCGACCCGUCGUCACCGCAGUCAAGCGACGGGCCAAAGCGCCUCCAGGAGUUAGAGCAGUGGGGAGGGGCGGUCCCAGUCAGAACGUCGCUGUCGGUUUGUCACAACAGGAGGCAAAUCGGCAGAGCGACAUUGAAGAGGAACAGUCGGGGUCGGGGCUUUUGGAAGGAGGAUUGUCAGCGGGGGUGUCAGGGCGCUCUGGGACGACCUCGGGGGGGAAGGUCCCACGGGAGUGUUCUGUGUGCCACUUGAACAAGAGCCCUCGUUGGCGUACAGGACCAGAGGGGCCGAAGACGCUGUGCAACCGCUGCGGUGUGUACUGGUCGCAGAACCGGCACAAGUGGGACGAGCUGGUCGAUCGGUUCAAGGCCAGUUCAGACGGGGAGGUCAACCAGCUGCAGGCAGAGUUCAAGGCAGUCCGGCACGCAAAGAGUGCGGACCUAGAGCAAAAGAGGGCGAAGGUGGUUCGGCCGCCGCCAAGGGCUCCAAAGGCGCUUCCGCAGGGGACAGGCACCGCUCGGGAGGGACACCGGCCCAGGAAGGCGAGUAACCUGGGGAGGUCGGAGGGGCACAGCCGGUCUGAUACGGAGACAAUACUGCGGAAGCUGCAGGAGCUCCCCGGUCACUUUGCGAAGAGUCUGAGGAAGGAGCUGCUCGGCUUUGGGUUGGUGAGAAGUGCGAGCCCGAAGCCUGACGCAGAGGGGGGGCAGGGGGGCGUACCGCAGCAGCAGGCCGAGGCAGUGGAAGAGGAGGUGGUCAUUAGCAGCGGGAGCGACGAUGAGGGAGCGCAUGAGCAAGUCAGAGGCAGUGAUGUGGCGGGGCCGUCGGGACGAGCGUCUGACUCAUUGAUGCAGGGGAAUGGCUCGUCCAACAACCUCGGAAGCGCAGCGCUAGCGGCUGGAGGAUCCGGCUCCUUGCCAGCAACUACGGGCUCGUCCUUUCCUUCAGAAGGCCACCCGGGUGAGAACAAGGCAAAGAGGAAGCGGAGCGAGACAAAGAUUGUCAGAGACUCCUUGACUCAAACAGGCGGAAAGAAAGCCAGGCUGAUGACGGGUGAAGCGGCGAUGGAUGAUGGGGCGGAGUUGAGAGUGGGGAGGAAGGAGGAAGAUGUUAUCAAGGAAGCGGAGGAACUUCUGCGGAUGGGAGGACUGGGUGGGGGCGCGCCGAGAGGGACUGUUGCGGGGCACUUUGUGGGCAAGAAGAGCGGGGGCCAGCGGACGGUGAAAGUUACGGAGCGGAAGGCGCUUUUGCAUCAGGCGCGGGCGGAGGGGCCCCCGCCCAGCUCGGUAGGGAUCGUGAUCAAUAGCUCGGGGCUCGCGAAGAUCAGGAUCGGGGGGGUGACUCGGAUUGUUCCCAAGGGGGAGCCGGUUUCUGGUUUGGAUGCCUAUGGGAUUCCAAUCCCGAAGAGAAAGGGCCCAGGGCGGCCCCCAAGUGCAGCGAAACUUGCAGAACGCUUGGCCGCCGCAGGGGGUUCGGUUGUGGAUCUGAGCGGGAAGAAGCACCUGAAAGUCGACCUCCCAGGGGGUGGGUCUGCACAGCAAGCGGAGGGUGGUUUACCAGAGGGAAUGACGCCAACAAUCCGUAGUGCUCGCAUCAAGGCGAGGGGCCCUGCACCGGAUUUCACGGACGACUUCGACGAUGAAGGCGAGCUUCCUCUGGUCAAGAAGAGGGGCAGGGGGCGCCCCCCUUCAGGGAAGAUGUCGUCUCUUGGGCAGUUGCCGGACGUCCGAGAAGGGGGCCGCAGGUACAAGGGGGCGAAGCGGGGGCGCAAGCCAAAGAAUUGGACGGGAGAGCCCGGCGAGAAGCCUCUCCCACGGAAGCGGGGCCGCCCGGCAAACUCUCAGCUGGAGUUUUCGUCAAAGCUGGACGAGUUCCAAAAGGUGUUCAAGCCGAGCGUGCGGAGGACCAAACGGCCCAGGCACGGGUUGAAGGAGCCCCGCAACAGCGUCGAUUUUGGGUCCCCCUCGGGCGAGUUUCCUCUGGUCCCGGAUUCGCUGCUGAUGCCGCCCUUUCCCCCAGUUCCGGAGCUUAUGCUCCCCUCAAGGCUGCAGAAGGCAAGGAGCCACUCUCCGGCACUGGGCGCUUCUCUCGGCUCGCUCAAGCCUCGGCUGCCGCUGCAAGUGGAUGACAUCAUCGUGGAGUCGUUUGGCAGCGUCGAUCCCCAGCACAUCACCGUCGAAACCGGGCGGAUCUGCGCGAUAGGCUACCGGUCCACCUGGAAGGACCCCACCCUGGGUCUGGUGCACGUGAGCGAAGUCAUCGCAGGAGAGGACGGGAAGCCGGUUUACACAGUGACCUGCCGCCUGAAGGAGAGAACAGACGAGGAGGAGCGGAGCAUUGGGGGCGGACCGAGAAGCCCGUUCGGACGGUCCCAAUCUAUUCAGGUGCAGCGCAGCCCCCGGUCGCCGAUCCAGCGCAGUUUCUCGCUGCAGGACGGCAGGUUCCGGCUGUCGGCGCCGUCGCCCUUGGGACAGAACCAGCAGAGCGCGUUUGCAAAGACCGGGGGUCUCGAGCAAAGGGCGCCGGGGUUGGCGGCGGAGGUGAAGGAGGCAGCGGUAGCGGGGGGAGAGGAGUCGGCUGCUAUUGUGGAGGAGAAGAAGGCGCUGCUUCCUGCUGCGCAAGAUUGGAACGCUGAACCAGUGCCAGUGCUCUCCACCGUUCCUGAGCAGGCCCCAAUUCCUGAAGAGACCGAAAUGGCUAUCACUCCGAAGGAGAAAGACACAACGCCGCUGUUGGAGGGCGCCAAGCCGCUGGUCAAAGAGCCCACGAUCAGCCCGCUCCUAGUUGGUAAACCAGGGCCGCCGAUUGAGGGGUUGAAGGGCUUCGACGGCGGGGCGGCGGACCUGCACGACUUGGACACGGCCAUGAUUUGGGACGAGGAUUUCCAUGUGGCUUUUGGAGACACGGAGAGGCCGGCGAUCGGCGGGUUUGGCCCGUCGCUCGGCGACGGCCGGAAGUCGGAGGGGCAGGAGCUCGGUUGGGGCUUCGGGCUGGGGAGCGAGCAGGACAAGGCGCAGGGAUCCCUCUGGGGUGGGAACGGGCACGUGAGCGAGCAAGAGGCGGAGGAAGGCAUGCUGGCCGUUUUCAGAGGCACGGGAGAAGGCCCCCGGUUGGACUUUCCCCCUGGACCAGGAGAAGGUGCGCGGUUGGAUUCUCCUCCUGACGAAGCGCCGAAACCCGAACCCGCAGUACCUCUUGAACCCUCCCCUGUACAAUCUCCGGAGGCGGCAGAUGGACCAACGGCCCGCAUGGAGCCGGACUUGCUGAGUGGGCUUCCCGCAACUAAAAAGGAGAGCCCGCCAAAGCCGGCAUUCGCGCCAGCUGUCCUGCCACAGUACAUGCAAGGGGUGACGAUCCGGCCAAUUGCAUCUUCGGGCCAGCCCUCCAACCUCCUUCGAAUCAACACCGAGUUACCCCCCCUGCUCGCGCCCCUGCACAUCAACACCCAGAUUCCUCUGGACCAUCCCGAAAGCCCAAAACCUGCCGGUCUCGCCCCGCUCCGAACAGCGGCUGAAGCAUUGGCAAACCCCAGGCGCCCUGGGCGGCCCAAGCGGUUGGACACCAAACCGCUUCCGGCGGUGUCAAUCCCAGACCGACAAUUGAGGAGUGAGAAGCAGUCUCAGGGGGUGGAGACGCCGCGCACCGCCCAUCGGCGCUUGACAGGGUCCGACCUGCUGGUGAAGAGGAGCUCCCCUGAGGAGGCAUGGCGGGCAUAUGCUGCGGCCUGGCGGGAAACUUUCGAGGCGCGGGCGCCACAGCAUCUGGAGGAGAUUGACUGGGACGAGUUCGAAAGGGACCACUUUGGCCUGGAGAAGCCAGAAGUCGUACAGUGGAUCGCGGACCUUUUCCAGGCGUCGCCCCGGCUCACCCAAGCCCGCCGAUCCUUCCAGAACCUGCAGCUCAUGCAGCACGGGGGCCCCGGGCCUUCUCUACUGCAGCCCGCGUCAAAGCCGGACUUGGACCGGCCGGCAACCAGAGCGGAGGAGAAAGAAGCCAACGAUGAGGCCGUCCGGGCGAAGCGCCAGGUGGCGGAGGGGAUGAGGCGACAGCUGGUGCUGUUCAGUGACAGCGGACACGCGCAGCGGGAGGAGGAGGAUGGGCAGAAGUUGGUUUUGGAGGGCGUGUCGAUUGCUGAGGUCCAAGAAGCCUUGCAGGUGUAUGAGCAACUGAGCUCCGUGCCCAGCAUCCACCUCCCGCCGCUGGACGUCUUCCUCUCCGGACUGAUCCACCCCAGCGUAUCCGCCAAAUCCCUGAUCAACCUCGAGGGCAUCACCCGGGGCAAGCCUAAGUCCAAGGUCCCCACUGCAAGCCCUCUGACCGCUGGUGCGGCGCAGGCGACGGCUGGCAAGGAAGGGUCGACAGCUGGCAAGGAUGGCAUGCCAGCUGUCAAGGAGAGCAGGAAGCCAGACGCCGCGGAAGCUGUGGCGGCGCUGCACUUGCAGCUCGUCAGGCACGCAGUUGCGAAGCUGGGCAGCGAAGCGCAAGGGAUCCCCAAGCUCUUCUCGCCCCGGCAGGAGACCAGCCCGGGCCCCGUGAGCACUCCCCCCGGCGACUCUUUCCCAGCGCCAGAAGGGGAAGCCAGCGAGGCGGCCGGCUUAGCUGGGCCUCCUCCGCAAACGCCCCGCCCGGCAGAGGAGGCCUCCCCAGGAGGAGGUCUAUCAGACUCGGGCGAGAAGGUGCCAGCACGUGUCAGCACGCGGGCGCCCAAGUGGAAAGCUGGGCUGACCAACGGGGAGGCGCCGUGGGCGCUGCUGAUGUCACGGAACAUGGCCAAGCUGAACGGGAUGGACAAGGGGGCUGAGGCGCACCACGAGGGAUCCCCGUUCCGCCACGGACUGGAGCUGCUCGACGGGCUGACGUGGCCAGCGUUUGCGAGGCGGGUUCUGGAGGAAGAGGUCAAAAUCCCGGAACCAACUGUCGAGGAAGAGGCCCCGCCGACUGCGGAACCGGCACCGGUUCCGAUGGUCGGAAGUACAGAGGCGACCAUGGACCCGGAAACGGGGCCUUUAGCAGAGGAGGAGGAGCCGGUGCCGCUUCCAAUCAUUCUCACCCCCGUCGAGAUCGUUCGCCGGGCUGAGAAGGAAGCCGAGGUUCUGGCUGAGGCGGAGCGCCAGCUGGCAAGGGCAGUUGCAAUGCUCAAGGGCCACGAGGGGCCCGUCACUGAGACCGGGGGUCCUUCUCUUGGCACCGACCGGUUCGGUUCAGUACCGCCAGAGUCUGCAGAGCCCAGGCCAGUGUCAGCUCACGAAGCCCUUGAAGACGAGGAGCCCAUGGAGCCGCUCGAGAAGUUUGAGUUCUGGUGGUCGCCGCUUGAGGGGCUGGGCCCGAUGAAUUCGAACCAGGGUUCCAAGAUCCGGGGAAGGAUUCAGACGGCGCUGGCAAUGGGGCCUCCGGAAUGGGCAAGGGCGGACCUGGAGAAGGUGAUCAGCAGGGACGUCUACAGGAGCAGCGCUGGGGGCCCUAUGAAGAGAAUGGCGCUAACCGUCCUUGAGCGCGCGCACCAGUACCACGUCGACUCCGAGAAGCCGUCCCUCGCCCAGUUUCACACGACUAGGAUGUGCCGGGAGGUCGUGCGACUUGUCGCGGAGCAAGAUGACGUCAAGAUCUUCAGCAACCUGCCUGACGAGGUUGAGAACCGAUUCUCACUCGAGGGCUUCCGCAUCAAGAGCGAACCCUACAGAGUCCGAACCAAAGGGUUCAGGGUUUCCGCCGGAGAGAAGCGAGGCUUGAAGCGGACUCACGAGGAGACGGCGUCCGAAGAAGUGCCUUGCGGCUACAUUCGGACGGUGGACCUGCGGACGAUUGACAUGCGGCUGACGGCGCGGGCGUACGGAAGUUCGCUUGAGCUGUUUCUUGCAGAUGUCCGCAUGGUCUGGGAGAAUGCACGUCAGCAGUACCCUCCAGAGAGCAAGGAGGUCAGGACAGCAGAGGAGUUGUCAGAGCUAUUCGAUCGCCUCUACCAGGAGAAGGUUUUGAACCUGGGCCCUGACGGCCUCCCUCUGCCCAAGCCCUCAAGCCGUCCACCGAAGGAUCUGACCAUCCGCAUCAGUGACCCUGUCUGGGGUAGGCUGCCUAAGGCCCCCUGGGAGUGGGAGGGGUGCAAGGUGUGCGGCAUUGAUGAGAACGAUGCACAGGUCUUGUUGUGCGACCAGUGCUCCGCAGAGUACCACACCUACUGCCUCGACCCCCCCCUCGCGCGCAUCCCCGACGGAGACUGGCUCUGCCACAAUUGCCGCGAACUGGGCCCCAUUCCGCUGGCGAGCCCCACUGCGGGCCGGCCCGGACGCAAGAAGGGCUCCGGCCGAAACCGCGCCGAUGGGCGUCGCGUCAAGGUCCGGAUCGGAGGGAUCCCCCGGCGUCGAUCGCCGGGAGAGGGUGGGGGACCCAAGAAGAGGGGCAGACCGCUGUCUGCGAAGGGCGCCGAGCGACGGGCCGCAGAGGAACGAACGGCGGAACGGAAGGCGGCGGCGCGGUUUGCGCGCGAGACGGUGCCGGGGGCUGCGUUCCGGAUGGAGCGGUUCUCGGGGGUGUUGGCGCUCGAGGCCCCGGAGUCGCCCGCGAUUCGGGAGGCGCGGUUAGCAGAGGAGGCGAGAGCCGAGGCGGAAGCUCUGGCGGAAGCGGGAGUCGGGCCAGGGGCAAAGCCCUCAGUGAAAGUUCAAGCCGUGCAGGUCGGGAACCCGUCGGAGGACGUCAAACCUUCCGUCAAGCCCCUGGAAAGUAGCAACGCCUCCGAAGUUGCGGUCGUCGCUGUUCCCGGGGGAUGGGAAAGUGCCCCAGGGACUGCCCCCCUGGAAGGAACGAAGCUUGUGGGGGAUGUAGAAGAUGUAAAGCCCACGGGAGCGGGGUCGACGGCUGAGGCGGCGCCAGGUGGCGAGGCGAGAGCGCUUCGGAGCCAAGGGGUGGUGACCCCUGAGAAGAAGCAGGAGAAGAAGAAGCGGAAGGGUCAGAACCAGUGGACCAAGCGCAAGGAGCUGGCUGAGCUGGCGGCGAAACUAGAGGCGGAGGGAAAACCCGUGCCGCAGCUGCCGCCCCGCAAGCACCAGAACCAGUACACCAAGAGGAAGGAGCUCGCGUUGGCGGCCGCGAAGGAAGGGGACAAGUCGCCGUCGAAAGUGCCCUCAUCUCCUGAACGAAAGCCGAAGGCCGGCGUGAGCGUGGCGUCGAGGCUGAAGAUCGCGAGGGGGGUGACGUCAGCGGCGCGGGAGCGAGGCUCUCCUGGCGGAAAGGAAGUGAAGGUCUUGCGGCGGGUGAAAGGUGGGGGGAGCUCGCCUGAUGGGGAGAAGUCGCCGAAGAAGAAGCGCGCUGGGGAGGAGCUGAAAAAGGGGCCGCAGAACCAGCACACGAAACGGAAGGAGGGGGCGGAGCCCGGAGCGGAAGUGAAGCGGAAAGGGGAGAAUCAGUACACGAAGGCGAAGCGGCUUGCGGAAGAGGCGCAGAAAGAGAAGGAGCGCGAGAAGCGGAAGGGGGAGAAUCAGUAUACGAAGGCGAAAAGAUUAGCAGAGGAAGCGGAGACGAAGAAAGUGGCGGAGGCGGCAGAGCCGAAGCGGAAGGGCGAGAACCAAUACACCAAAGCGAAGAGGUUAGCGGAGGAGGCUGCGCGGGCGAAAGAGGAGCGGCGAGCGGCGAAGGAGAGGCGGCGGGCGGAGAAGGAGAAGCGACUGGCGGAGGAGGAGAAAGAGGGGAAGAAGCGGGGCGAGAAUCAGUACACGAAAGCGAAGAAGCUUGCCGAUUGGGGGGCGAAGAAGCCUGGACCGAAGAAGCUCGCUGAGGGGGGGGCGAAGAAGCUGGUGGUUGCGGGGGGGGAGGUGAAGCGGCGGGGGGAAAACCAGUAUACAAAGGCCAAGCGCCUGGCGGAGGAGGCUGCGAAAGAGGCCCGGCGGGAAAAGCGGCGGGAAAAGCGGAAGGGGGAGAACCAGUACACCAAGGCGAAGAAGCUGGCGUUGCUGGCUUUGGAAGGGACGCAGUCGGACGCUCCGAAAACGGAACCGCCGGCCGGAACGAGUGCGAAACAGCCUGUGGCGGACAAAGAAGCGGACGUCAAACCGCAGGUGGUGGAGGUUGGAGGAGUUGCGCCCGCUGUGGAAGCCGCGAAACCCUCAGGGUCAGAGGCGAGGUUAGAGGCGAAACCGGAAAAGCCCCCCCGGAAGAGAGAGAACCAGUACACGAAGAGAAAGCGGUUGGCGGAGCAGGGGAUCGAAGCGAAGCCCGUGCGAGCGGAGCCGCGCAGCGGCCUGCGGAGCAAAGACGGCGAGAUGCCGACACUACGGAGCGGAGCGACGCCGAAGCAGGAAAAGGGGCCGAAUGGGGAGCCUGUUGUGUACACGCGCCGGAAGUCUGCCAGGGGGGAAGCGAAGGCUGAGAAAGAAGGGGGGGGAAAGGAGGGGGAGUCGAGCUUGCAGCUCGUGAAAGCGGAACCCGUUGAUGGAGAGCCAUCGGUGCCGGUCCAGUUGAGUGGUGACGCACAAGGAGAGCCGUCGAAGGGGGAGAGUGAGGGGGUUGGCGUGGAAGUAGCAGGAGUGUCUUCCGUGACUGCUCAGGCCGAGAUCGUUAGCGAGCCUCCCGCCGCGAAACAAACCGCCGAGGGGGGUGCGCCGGAAGCUGCUGGGAAGCCCCCUGCCGACAAAGAAAAUGGCGCACUGCGACCCAUGGACGUGGAUCUAGGCGCAAGCACCGCCGGACACGUCGGAGCUGCUGACAUCACGGCUCCCCCAAUUGGUACGCCCGCUGACGUCACAGCCGCCGCCCCCGAAAGCGUCCUCACUCGCGCACGAGCGGAGGCGGGCCCUGCCGACGUCAGCAGGGGGGUCCCCGUGUUAGAAGGGCGGCCGGCGAAACGGCAACGUCUGGCAGCCGCAGAAGGUCCUAGCCGGCCAGGGGGGCCAAUCCUGAGGGCGAGUCAGGGGGGUGAAAGGAGAGAAAGGCGUCCGUCACAGAGCAGGGGGUUGACUGUGAGGGUGACGGAACCCCCCAAGAAGAAAGAGAGGACCCCGGAGCAGCAAUUGGCGGACCGGAUGGGGGAGUGCGCUUACUGGGACCUGACGUUGUCUGAGCGCCUACGUCUUUUCAAGGCGCUCGCCAAGCGCGCCGCUGACGUCACCCUCUCGGACGCGGGUCAGAAGCCCGCCCCCCUGGGUUCGGACGCUGAUGGCGCCCACUACUGGCUGCUGACGUGUCCUUCCGGGCCUUUGCUCCUCACUGGCAAACCCGCGCCACCCCCCCCCCCAACCCCCAAGCCUGCGUCCAAUCCAUCCGCACCCGCCACAAGUGGAGAAAGCAAAGACGAAACCGCCCUUCUCCUGCCGGAUCUCAAUGCUCAGCCGAGUCCACCAGCAGUUGAGGAGCAUCUGAAGAACACCGCUGAGAAGGGGCCCAUCGAGGGGCAGCCUGUGUUAGCGCAGGGUUUAGAGACGGGCCCCAAGGCCGAGGGUUUGACACCGGCUGCACCGUCGGCUGGGGCGGCAGCUGCAGAGGAGGUGGCAGUGUCAAUGGAAGAGGACGGGGAGGCUGCUAACGCCGAGAGGCCUGUUCCGAUGGACACCGAUGUCGGGGUUAAGGGGGAAGAAAGUGGGACCGCCCUAGAGACGGGAUUGGAGGAACCGCAAGAAGAGAAGAAGGACGGGAGUGCGGCUGGGGGCAAGGAAGAGGAACUAGAGAAGGUGGUUACAGCGGAUGGUGCUGGCGUGGUUGACGCAGUCAAAGCCGCCGAGAAGGACGGGAAUGCUGAGAAAGUGGAGGAGGAGGAGAUGUUGCGCAAGGGGACGUGGUCGGUCGUGACCUCUUUGGAGGAGCUGAACGACGUCAGAUCUCGGGUGACGUCAGCAGACGGGGUGACGUCAGCAGAGGCCAACUUACGGGAGAAGUUCGCGGCCUGUGAGGGGAGCUUGCGUCAGGGGUUGGAGCGGGUGUUUGGACCAGAGGGGAAGCGUCCGAGAGAAGAGAAGCGGCCAAGAGAGGAGGACGAGGGCCCGUUCACAUCUGGGAAGAAGCCCAGGUUGGCAGAGGAGGAACACGCCCCAGGGCAGACCCUCAGAGCAACAGACCUUCUGCUAGAACGGGAAAGAACAGCGGGGGAGACUAGAGCGGUCCCUCGGUGCGUGUGCGGGGAGCCCCUGGUGGUGCCACGUGUCCAUUGCCCCUUCUGCCAUUGCAGCGCCGAAAAAGGCACCCGCGCCUUUUCACACUGGUGUGACCGGCCGCACGGGUGCCUCCUCCUAGAAGAGCUGAGGCGCGUCGAGGCGUCCCCCGCAACCGGCCCCUUCGGGCUGCCAGCUGGCGCCGACCCAUUGGUCGAGAGCCAGGCGGACCUCGAAGUUCUGGAGGGCCUCGAAAUCGACCUCCAGGCAGUUUUCGCCGAGGGCCUGGAUUACCCCGGCCUAGGGGGGGUCGCCAGCGCCCCCUUCACCAGCCUCGCGCGCUCCCCCCCGAAACGGGUGGCGCUCAACCGGUUGCACCGGAGCCCCAAUCCCGCGCCCUCGGAGCUCGGCCCCCCUGCCGUGCCCUUCGGUGACGCGUUCUUCAAACCCCCCCAAACUUCCCCUAAGCCGGAGGCCCCCCCCCUCCCGCACGCGCAAUCCUUCCCCCAGUUCGUGCCGGGGGGGUCCGCCGCCAAACCCCCGAACCCCACCGCCCCCUUGGAGACGAGCGCAUCGCUCCCCGCCGACACAAACGCGCUCGUUCCCUACAACCCGCCCCCCGCCGCCGCUGACGUCAGUGGCGGCGCCCCGAGGGAUCCCUCUCCCGAAACCCCCCGAAAGGUGGAGGAUCUGCCCGCGGAAACCCUAAUCUCGAAACCCCCCGGUCCCGGGAAGUGGCUCGUGGAGGGCCAGCAGCCCGCACUCGCACGGCUCAAGAUGGAUCUGUUGGAUAUGGAAGCGGCGCUGGCGCCGCAAUGCUUGGGAGGGGUGAGGGCCACCCCAGAGCGGUGCAACGCUUGGCGGGUUAUGGUCAAGAGGGCCCAGUCGGCCAAGGAACUCGCAAACGCCGCAAUCCUACUAGAGCUGAUGAUUCGGCCCGCUUUGAUUUCCAAAGAGUGGGCCGUCAUGGGGCCCCUCUCACGGGCCGUUGCCGACGGGCGCGAGGGAACAGUCGCCCAAGUGGCGCUUAUGGUCCAUUCUUUGGACGGUGUGAUAGAUUACGAGGGGCUGCAGAGUGCGAAAGAGAGCAGUAAGAGAAGAAGAGUAAGAUAGGACGUUUUGUUGAAGCGGGCGACAUUCUUUGAAUAGUUCGACGAGUUAGAGAGAGCAGCGUCGUGUAACAAUGCAUCGAUUGGGCGUGGUUAUGAGGUUGUGUUCAGUAUCAUUCACUUGGAGGAUUUGGCUGGCAAGAGUGUGACACCAAGUAUGUAUUCAAAACUGCUCGGAUUGGGGGUGUGAGCAAGUUGGAAGUAUCUGCAAAGUAAAGAAUGCGUUCGGCUUCAAAAAGAUUUACGCUUGAUGUGAUAGAGAAUGCGCGGCUCGCUGUCCAGUACAGUGGCUGUGUGGACUAGCC